AUGGCCGCCACAAGGCCUACGAAUCGUGUCCGUGUCGUUGCCACUGCUCCAACGGCCUUAAGCUUGGAAAGACCGCGGCGCCUGCCCACAGAACUUGUUGACCUCAUCGUCGAGACCUACAUCAACAUAUGCCGCUCAAAAUACUUCAAUAACAUCUACUUCCAGGAUGUAUGGGCCCUAACACUCGUCUCGCACGGUGUCCGCUGGAUUACCUUCCGAUAUUUUCUCGCCAACAUCGUGAUCACGAGCCCUGUCCACUGGGACAGAACUCUCGUACUGCUCAAGAACCUCUCCAUCACUUAUUCCUGUACAUUCCCUUCGCCUGGUGGAGGGGGAAUCUGGGUUCGCUCACUCUCCAUCCAUUCCACCACACUCUUCCCCAACCGUUUUGAACUGAGGCUUUUCUCCAAUUUGCACACUCUAUCUCUCGAUUUUCGACACGAAGGCUUGAACACCCAGAAACAAACGGUGCUCGACCUCUUCGGCGCUUUAGGCGAAGCCAACAGCCCUGUUCUCCAUCCAAACGCACAUGUAGCCCGCGAGAUGCCAGUGGCUCGAUACAGGCAUCCAAUCUGCGACAAUCUCCAGGUCCUGCAUUUGACUAAACUCGCCUCGAUCGAUGUCAAUGUCCUGAACGCCAUCGUCGGUGCCUUUCCUCGCUUGAAGGAGCUCUAUCUGGAGUCGACAUCGCGACUGAAGUUGACCUGCUGCCCGAACUGUUAUGACGAGAGUUUGACUUUGACAACCCAUUCUCCCAUCCCUCGUAUCAUCCCGACUGUCGAAAUUCUUUCUGCAACCUUUGGUUCGAUUCUGGAAAAGCUGAAGAAUCUCAGAAUAGUCCAGCUCGGCAUCUUCCUCUCCCCAGAAGAAUACGUUGAGAAUCACUUGGAUCAUGUUCCCGACUGGACCGACGGGCUAUGGAGACCCGAGACCAUGAUGUCCUGCGCUUCUUGUCAGCUUUCUUCGGAGAGUAUUCGUCGAAACGAACUUCUGGCCACUUUUAGGCUUGCGCAGUACGUCAAGACGCUCGAGACGAUUUCCUGGAGUUCUUGCUGUGGCUUUCCGGAAGGAUCGACGAGUUCUCGUAUGAGUUUGAAGGGUCGGGAUGUCGGCCCCGAUGCCGGCUGUGGCCUUGUAUACAGUGUUCCUAGAAGUGAUGACGACGGACAGGAACAAGAUGGCCAUCAAGACACAGCGGCGCCGACUGGUGACGGUGAUGUAGCCGCGAAUCUGCCAAGGAAUUCGUUGUGUGUGACGAUGAACAUUGUCCGCAAGGAUGGAACCAUCCAAAUCCAGGCCCUUUGA